GUGUGCCAGGCCGUGUGAGACUGCCCUUAGCAUGCUAACUCGACCUAGCCUCUGUGUGGCUAGUACCUUUGCUAGCCGAGUUAGCUGUUACCGGAAAUUAGGGUCAGUUAACCGGGACGGGGAUUAUUUUAUCACCCCGGUCAUUACAGCAUCUCACCCGUGUAUGCCUUAUCAUCAUGUGACAUUACCAGACCUGUCAGGAUAGUUGGCAGGUGUGAGAAGCAAACAGUGACAUCCGCCCUUCAUUGUCGGCCGUCUAUGACGUGAAGAGAUUAUUUUGGAUUACCUACUAGGAUUAAUUCACAUCAGCUUUCUAUAUGGAGGAGAUGAAACGAGCAGACUGAUAAAUGGGCCGAGCUGUUCCUGAACUGAGAGCCAGAGGAGGCCAGGCUGGACUGAUGACGAGCAUGACUUCCACAGAUGCAUGCACGCUCACAGAACCCACCCGAGUGCCAACCUUCCUGCUUCCUGGCUUUUGAAUCAGCCUGUCAGGGGGCUGGUGGUGGCGGGGCCCGCACAACCCCCCGUCUUGUGCCGAUCCUCUCGGUCGAGCCCGGCACCUCUCUGAUGGAGCAGGGCGCUGACGAGCAACCCGCCAUGGAGGAGCCCGACUCGGGGCCUCGAGCAGCUCCGGAGGCAAGCAGGAGGGCUUCCGAGCCCGAGCACAGCUUGUCCAAAAUCACCCACAAUGCCCUAGAGAACAUGGGCGCUCUGGGCCACGGCCUGAAACAGCUCUUCCAACCGCAGCGUCGGCGCUCGUCCGUGGCGCCGCAAGACCUCUCGUCCUUCUCGGCGAGCCCUUCGCUCGAGGCCGUAGAGUCGGGGUCAGAGUUAGGGGAAAGCUCCGCCUCCAUCGCCACGCCUCCCGACUCUGACCUCCCCGCAACUUCCGCUCCCCCCGCAGCUCUGAGCCGCGUGCUGCAGCAGAUCCGAGGCGCUCCGCCCAUGAUGAAGCGAGGGACCAGCCUCCAGAGUCGCCGCAGCAAGACUGGGGGGGGAGGGGAGCCCCCCCAGAAAGGCAGCCCCCAGAUCCAUCGGCGCAGUACCCAGGAGGCUUUGCUGCAGGCUGGACGCCCACGCUCAUCCUCCACCACGGACACGCCCAGCAGCCCCGCCCUGGCCGACAUGCUCCUGACCCCCAGCUACCAGUCCACUGAGGAAUCGGACAGAGUGGAUCGUUUAGAGGUCUCCGGCUUGGCCGCGUCCCCAAAUGCUCUGUCCAGCAGCUCAGACGGAGGCGGCGCCUACGGCGUGGACUCGGUGGACGGAACCCCCGACCCACAGCGCACUAAGCAGGCCAUCGCCCAGCUCCAGCAGAAGAUCCUCAAGCUCACCGAGCAGAUCAAGAUCGAGCAGACGGCGCGCGACGAUAACGUAGCCGAGUAUCUGAAACUGGCCAAUAAUGCCGACAAGCAGCAGAGCGCUCGCAUCAAACAGGUGUUCGAGAAGAAGAACCAGAAAUCAGCGCAGAGUAUUCAGCAGCUGCAGAGGAAGCUGGAGCACUACCACCGCAAACUCAGAGAGGUGGAACACAACGGCAUUGCACGCCAGCCCAAAGAUGUGCUGCGUGACAUGCACCAGGGCCUGAAGGACGUCGGCGCCAAGGUGACCGGUGGUCUCUCCAGCAUCUCCCAGGCUACUCACUCCGCCGCAGGUGCCGUCGUGUCCAAACCCCGCGAGUUCGCUUCACUCAUCCGCAACAAGUUCGGCAGCGCCGACAACAUCUCGUCCCUGAAGGACUCUCUGGACGAGACGCAGGGCGACGAGGUAAUCCCGGGUCCUGUCCAAGUGACCGCAGUAUCAGCCACCAAAACCCUGGCGACCAGUCAGUUGCAGUCCAGCCCCAAGUUCGGCAGCGAAGACGACUGCUCGAGUGCCACCUCGGGCUCGGCGGGGGCCAACAGCACCACGGGGGGGCUCGGAGGCCCCCCGAGCUCGAAGGGCAACACGCUGGAGCUCGGUCAGACCUCGGGUUUCGACGCCCUGUUUCACGAGAUCCAGGAGUUGAGAGAGAACCAGAGCAGACUGGAGGACACGUUCGAGAGUCUAAAGAGUCAUUAUCAGAGGGACUACACGCUCAUCAUGCAGGCCCUGCAGGAGGAGAGAUAUAGAUGUGAACGUCUGGAAGAGCAGUUGAAUGAUCUCACAGAGCUUCAUCAGAAUGAAAUUCUCAACCUGAAGCAGGAGCUUGCGAGCAUGGAGGAGAAAAUAGCAUACCAGUCUUACGAACGAGCCAGAGACAUACAGGAAGCGCUGGAGGCGUGUCAGACCCGCAUCUCGAAAAUGGAACUGCAGCAGCAGCAGCAGCAGGUGGUGCAGUUAGAGGGACUGGAGAACGCCACGGCCCGCACUCUGCUCGGCAAGCUCAUCAACGUGCUGCUGGCCGUCAUGGCCGUCCUGCUGGUGUUCGUGUCGACGGUGGCCAACUGUGUGGUCCCGCUGAUGAAGACGCGCGGUCGUACCAUCUCCACCGUCAUCCUCGUCAUAGUCCUAGCUUUCCUCUGGAGGAACUGGGAGGCCAUGUCUCAGUAUCUGGACCGUUUCUUGCUGCACUCUAGAUGACCUGCAUGGGCAGAGGAAGCUUGGUGACGUGAAGAGAAAGCCGGAGCGAGGCAGUGCAGGAUGGGACGGGACGGGACGGGUCCUGACCUUGAGCACUGAGACUAGCGCACUGCCUCAGCCUCUCUGAGUUCAAAGGGACGGCGCUCGACAAAAACGGUGGCGAUGAGGUCGAUUUGAACGCUUGGUUUCUCAUCCAAGGAGUGAAUUUGUUUACAUUUUAAUGAAGUUUUACUCUGUACUGGACAACUUGUAAUGGACGAUUAUUUUUAUUUGGUGUUGAAAGUGAUGCAAGUUGUGUUGCUUGAUGUCCUUGUUAUUCUAAUAUACAUUUAUGCAAAUAACCAGAAUCUGGUUGUGCUGCACUGAAUUAACGCUGGAGUGGUUCGAGUGCGGGAAAAUGUUCUCAUCAGCCUAGCGUUCACUCACUUUUCUCCUACAACCCGUUAUCCUCUCUCAUUCUCUCUCAAAUCUCACCUUCUCUCUUUCUUCUGCUGCACUUUGUCCCAUUCCUCCUACAGAUCUCCUGCAUAGUCAUCGCUGGAACAGAUGGGAUCAGCCUGUGCACAUGAAUUUGGAUAUAAAAGACCCCAGGCUGGUCCUUCCUUUUGAUCUCUAGCCCCCGACCUGGCUCUGACAGAGGCGCCGCCUCACACAUGAACUGAACGAACAUACUUGAAGAGCUCGAAAGGCUCAAAGACUCUCAGUGCUUCCGUACUGUUUCUUUAUAGAGACGAUAAAAUAGUCCUUUUUAGUUUUUAUUUUUUAAAAAUGAAUGAAAUAAACAGGCUGUUUUAAAAGUGAA